GGAUAUACGACCAGAAAUAUCAAUACGACCAGUAGCAAUACGACUUCAAAGCCAUCUGCUUUAGCGUGUAAAAAUUUGACCUAUUAUGAACAAUACGGCAAGGGUUACCAGGUAACAAAUGUUUCACUUUACGUUCUUCCCAAGAAUCCUGCUUUGGGCAGACUAGGAAACCAUAUGUUUAUGUACGCAUCGUUGCUUGGUAUAGCUCGGGCUCAAGGGAGGCGAACCUUCUGUGACCCUUCUUCAGAUUUGGCGAAAGCCUUCAAGCUGUCAAACGUUGGCGUUAUUAAAGGAUCAGAGAAGUGGCCUGUGAUCAAAGAACAAUCUUUCUAUGACGAAAGAAUGAUGAAUCUACCUAUGCAGAACCUAACAAUCGAAUCCUACCUUCUAUCAUACUGGUACUUCGCUGGAGUAGAGAGAGAAGUCAAGCAAGAGUUUACUUUCCAUGACACUAUAGCUAACGCCGCUGCUAUGAUACUUCGCGACGUUUAUGUAAAAAACAACGCAUCAAUGAUUGUAGGAGUGCAUGUACGUCGCACCGACUUUCUCUUAAAGAUACACAAAAAGAUGGGUUACGGAGUGCCUGAAAAAUCAUAUUUCAUGAAAGCUAUCAGUCUGAUGAAAUCAAAAUUUUUGGGAAGAAACAUCACGUUCUUAGUUGUCAGCGAUGAUCUCCCGUGGUGCCAUAAACACUUGUCAGGUAAAGAUGUUUCUUUCAUGCCUCCAGCGACAGCAGCUGUUCAUAUGGCCGUGUUAUCCAAAUGUGAUCACGUUAUAAUUUCUAGCGGAACUUUUGGAUAUUGGAGUGCAUGGCUGGCAUAUGGACAUGUCAUUUACUAUCCUGGGUAUAUGAGAAAAGAUUCCAUUCUGGGAAAGUGGUUUAGAGAUGAUCUUUAUUACCCCAAAACGUGGACACCGAUGGGAAAUUGA